AUGCUCCCGACAAGGCCAUACAGCUCCCUCAAGGGCAUGCUGCCCAAAAUUCACCACCCCCUGCCGCUCAACGAAAAGAGCCGCAAGAAGCUGCUCGACACGCUGACGACGUCGUUCCGCAAACAUCUCGACCGCGAACACGGUCUGGGCGACGAACAUGCCGAGUCAUCCGUGGCGGCCGCUACGAAAACGGUGACGCAAUCGUCCACCAAGUCCGCCGACGCCGCCACGGCAGCAACGCCAAUUGGCACGCCGUCGUCGUCGCCACGCCACCGCCCAACCGACCGCCAUCUCCGCGCCAUCCUGUCCAACCCGCUCUUUACCUACGACCAGCUUGCCAGCCGCCCGAACCUGCGGUCCAGCGUCACCAAGGCCGUGCCAGCGGCAGCAGCGAAUGCCCCGGGAAUCCUGACGGCCGCCCCACUGUCGUCGGCGCUCGCUCACCCGUCCACCACCCAUGCGGAGACCGCCCAGCGCGACCCCAUGGACAUCUUCGACUGGGCCGUCGCCCGCGGCCUCAUGACCACGAAGCGCGCGGCGGGCUGUCUGCUGGCCAAGCGCCGCGAGGCCGUGCAGUCGUCGCAUGCGCUGGCCAAGACGUUCAUGGCGGACACGGGCGCGGGGCUGCGCGUGCUGCAGUGGCUGCGGGCGUCGGGCCUCGAGCGCGACCUGUCGUUUGUCGCCGACACGCAGUUCACCAGCGUGCUCGUGCAGUUUCUGGCGGCCGAGCCGGCCAUGGAGGCCGUGGUGUGGCAGUGGAUUGCGCGGCUCCAGCAAAACCAGGACGGCCAGGACGGCCCCGCACAGGUCGAGGUCCGCGCCCGCAACGCGCCCGCCUACCGCGUCGGCAGCGCCGCGUUCGUGCUGGACGCCCUCGUCAAGGCCAAGGCCGGCGGCGCCGACACGCUCGACGACGCCUACCGCACGAUGAGCCAGGCAGCCGCCGACCUGCCCGCCGACCUCCCCGCGGCCACCGCCACCGUCCAAAACACAAUCGUCUGGCCCUGGUUCGAGCUCUCGUGGCUGUCCACCCUCAAGGCCUGGAACCUCGCCGACCCCUCCCCGGCCCUGUACGACGGCUUCGCCCGCAUCAUGGACAGCGACCCGCGGCCCAGCGUCCUCAUCGAGCGCGCCCACCUCGACCUGCGCCACCCGACCAAGCCCAGCCCCGCGCCCGCCCAGGCCCUGCUGGACAACGACACGCUGCUGACCAGCGUGCUGCGGCACCGCAUGCCGGCGGAGCCGCCGACGGGCCGGCGGCCGGCGCACGCGGCCCGGAUUGUGUCCAUGGGCCUGGACACCGUGCGGCACCUGGCGUUUGUGGGGCAGUCGGACGAGGCGCAGCGCAUCCUGCACCGGCUGCAGCGCAAGUUUGGCGAGAACAUUGAGCAGCGGCAAGUGCGGGCGUGGGGUACACUGGCGACAUGA